GGAGUGAACUCGACCGAACGCUGCUUCUCGCUCAGAUUCCAGUUCAGUCGAAGUCGGGCGGAGUCCAUGCGGACAGCUGGGGGAUAAAGGACUUAUUUAGACGUUUUGUUUCCCACUGGCUGAAAGGUUGCAGGACAGCGAAUUUACCCCGACAAGAUGACGACGACGACCACUUUCCAAGGGCUAGACCCCGGCGCGAAAAAUAGCUCCAGGGUGUUGCGGCCCCCUGGCGGAACUUCUAACAUUUGCUUCGGCACAGAUGAGGAGAAGCCGGUGCGCAAGAACAGAAUGGCCUCCAACAUCUUUGCUGAGCCUGACGACCCCCACGCCCAUCGAAGGAACAACCCACCCAGUGGGGAGGCCUCCGGUGUGCUCUGUGGGGAACACUCUGCCCCCCUAAGGAGGUGCCCCCAGCCGCCAAUCUACCUGAACAAUUCUGCCCCUGCCCAGUUCCCGUCCCACCCUGUGGAGGAGAAUCAUGAGCAAGAAAAUGAUCUGUCAGAGGAAGUGGAGGCCCCUGAGGAGCCGCAGGAGAAGGGGGAGGAGCCACAGCCCUCUGGCUCAUCAGUGACCAGCGGCACCCCCACUGGCCGCAGAAACCCUCCUGGUGGCAAAUCCAGCCUCAUACUGGGCUGAGGGUGCUCAUUGAACUUUCUCUUUCUCUCUCUCUCUCCUCCUCUUUCCCUUUUUUUAAGGAAUUCACUCUAUCACUCUCCUCAUGUGAGCCAUGGGAUUGUUUUUGUCCACUACCACCUGUCUGUAUUUUUGUUUUUCUAUCGCAAAACAACAAAAAAAGAUCGUUGGCAGAAGCACUUUAUGUAAAAGCUCCAUUUCAGCCCAUCGUGAAGAGCGCAGGCCAUGCUGGGAGAUACCAAGAAUCCUUUCGGACGGUCCCCAGCGCUGAACCGUUUCAAAGGAAGAAAAAGAUUUGUUGCGCAAAAUUUCUAAGAACAAAUAAAGAUUGAUAUGAAUUUCA